GCCCGGCUCGGCGCAGGGUUUGGGUUGCUCAGUGGAGAGAAUGGCGGCGGCGGCGGCAGCGGCGGCUCCUCCCGCUCCCUGCAGUCCGUUCAGCGGGCACGGAGAAAGAGCGUGUCCGCGGAGAAGCAAAGACACGCAGAAGAGACGCGCGGCUCUGCUGUUUCUCACCAACAUUUCCCUGGACGGCCGGCCGGUGGUUCGCGUAAACAGCGCGGCUGAGUCUGAAGGCAGUGAGGUCGGUUCGGCGGCGAGUGAACUGAACGGCACCUUCUCGAACCUGUCCGCGGAGAGCGCGCUCCUGAGUGUGCCUCCGAUCCUCGUGCUGCCCUCAGACUCGGACUGCGACAACACGGAGACAUUUCCGGGGUCUUUUUCGUCCUCGCAGGGGAACCUGCUGUCCCCCUGCAGCCUGCAGCCCAGCCCGGUGGGAGCCCGGAAAGCUCCGACCCUCCUGUCCGUCCAGAGCUGCGCAUCAUCUCUGGAGUCCCGACACAGGACACGCAACCUGUCAGGUUCUCAUUGGCCCCGUUCCUUGAAGAAAGUUCACUUCAUUAAGAACAUGAGACAGUACGACACCAGAGGCAGCAGGAUUGUGCUUAUCUGUGCCAAGAGAUCACUGUGUGCUGCAUUUUCUGUGCUGCCAUAUGGAGAGAGCUUCUACAUAAGUGAUCCAGCCCUGAGCACCCCCAGGCGGAGGCACUCAUCUGGGGGGAUUUCCACCACAUUAGAGAUGCUCCCUGGACUGGAGCAGGUGGAGCUUGGCAUGUCUGGCAGGACGGUGUCUUAUGCCCAGUUUCUGUACCCCACCAAUGCACUGGUUCGUGAAAAGCCACCAGAAAUUUCUUUGCAGAUGCCCUACUCCAGAAACAGCAUCCCAUGCAGUAGCUACCCUCCAUCCCGCCUCAACAGCACUGUAGGCUUCGACUUGGGUCUGGAUGACGCUGAUUAUGACCCCAACCUGUUAAGUGACCCGCAGUGGCCUUGUGGGAAGCACAAGAGAGUCCUGAUCUUUGCCUCUUAUAUGACUACAGUAAUAGAGUAUGUGAAGCCAUCAGAUUUGAAAAAAGACAUGAAUGAGACCUUUAAGGAGAAAUUCCCUCACAUCAAGCUCACUCUCAGCAAGAUCAGAAGUUUGAAGCGUGAGAUGCAUGCGGUGGGGGAGGAGUGUGCUCUACAACCGGUCACCAUCGCCAUGGCGUUUGCAUACUUUGAGAAGCUCGUCCUUCAGGGCCGCCUCAACAAGCACAACAGGAAGCUGGUGGCCGCUGUUUGCCUCCUACUGGCCGCCAAAAUCAGCAGCGACUUCAAGAAACAAGAAGUCAAACAGCUGAUUGAUAAGCUAGAGGAGAGGUUUCGUCUUAACCGGCGUGACCUGAUCACCUUCGAAUUCACCAUCCUGGUGGCUCUGGAGAUGGCGCUCUACCUUCCUGACAGCAAGGUUAUGCCACACUACCGCAGACUGACCCAGAGCCCCUGCUGAACCGCUCGUGUUUAUCAGUGUUGACCCAUGAGAGAAAGGGAAAGAAAAGCAUGCCAGUGGCACAUGUUAAAGUUUAGCAGUUGUCAGUGCUGAUGUAUAUCCACACUAAGCUCUGGGAGAAGAGGAAGAGGGUCUAUUUACACUCCUCAGGCUAGUAGCAUGUCUGUGCAUUUUUUUUUUUUUUAGUUAGUUAGUUUUAACUUCUGUUUUGUUUUUUACUUCUUAUCUCACACGGCACUAAUAGCAGUAAUGCGAGGCGAAGAAAAGGUUUUAAAUCAACUAUAAACACUCAAAUAACAAGCGAAGUAUUUUCCCAGAUCCUGUGUGUGUCUGUCUGUGUUUGUGUCUGUACGUCUUCCGUAUCAACUCUCCUUUUCCCGCUCACCUGCACACAGCCGAACAGAACUUAUAGUCUCUACAAAGGAUUAUAUUCAGGCUUUUCCCACAGUGAAAAAACAGAAAGAUUUUAUUCAUCUAUAUUUUAUGCAAUAUAUGAAUUUUUGAUCACAGUUUAUAUUAUUGCGAUCACACGCCUGUAGCAGUAGUAUGUGAUCAGACUCCGUGUGCAGUAUUUGGUCGUGUUCUGGGUUCUAGAAGAGAUUUGAAGGCGCCGGACAAAAAAAAAAAAAAGCGCUCUAUAUUAGAGCUGAUUUGAACUAAAGCACAUUUACUGUGCUUCUGUGUUCUAUUAUUUUCUACUUGUAAACUUAAUUGACCGUUACAGUAUAGAGGGUAGCCCAGUUUAUUUGCCCAGAGUUAUUGGUGCUUUGUUUCUCAUGGUUAGAUAACAGCUACAGUGUCACUCUGAACAUUAAUGUGGAUUUAAUGUGGCAGCCAGUACAAAACCUGCAGCGCUUCCUGUUCCUUUAGGAUACUGAAAAGCACAGAUUAAAACAAGUAAUAGAGAUUUACUCUCUGUACCAACCCUGGAGUGUUUGGAGUGGUUUCGUUUUGCUCGUUGUCUCUGAGAUUUACUGAGACACUUUACAGGCACUGUAACGCAGAGGUGUCCUACAAACAGCCUCAUAAAAGUGAAAAGCUUUUGAGUCUGUGAAGCAAAUUAAAAUCCUCUUUUGCACUAUAAUUGUAUUGAAAUAUUUAAAAAGAAGAAAAAAAAGUCUCUGUUUUUCCCCUAGGGGGCAAACUAGAGUAAUCAACAUCUCAAUUCAUUUCAUUACCAAUUUGAUCCUGCAACCAGAUCUCUUUCCAUAAGAAUAAUUUAAGGUUGUCGGUGUGUUUUGUUGUUUUCUUUUCCAAGCAGCAAGUGCAAAUACUUGUUAUGCAGUCAAAACUUUUACAUUUUUAAUUUGUAAACAUGUUUGCAAGCUAUAUCGAGUUGUGUAGAAUCAUGCUAUAUAACGUAUUAUGUAUAAUCCCAAUUCGAGGGGGGUGAAUACUUAUGCAAACCUUCGUGUCCAUAUGGUAAAACCACCGUUUACAAAACGUGUCUUAUUUUGCUACUGAACUGCAGUCAGUUCAUCUGUAGGUGCUGUAUAGUUAAUCUGUUUGUGCUUUCAGAUUAAAACGAAUAUACCUUUCAGAUGAACACAGAUAAAUGAACACAUUUAAGAGUUGUCGUCGAUGCGUUCUUGAUCUACGAAACUGAUUUUUUUUUGUGUGUGUGUGUGUGUAAUGAGGCUUCUGACCUAAAAUGAGUUUGACACCACUGCUGUAAAGUUUCAGUAUUAAAUCCCUUAUUUCCUUUAUAGCAGACGGUGAGAGACUCUGACACUCGGGUCAGCCAGAAGUUGUGCUGUGUCUUAAUUCACAACUUUUAUGCAAAUAGGAUUAUCUUUUAUUCUGACACCUUUUAGCCAACACUCGCCUUCUCCAGACUAUCUAAUGCUAAAAAUUUAAAUCCUGAUGCUACUGUGCUAAACCUGUAAAGCUAAAUGCCAUAUAGUUUUCGUAAUACAUGAUGCAAAACCGCUGCAUUCUUAUUCUUAAGUAUUUUGCGUUUUGUAUGUUUUUAUGACUGCAGCGUGCAAAACCCAUGACUAAUAUCACCCAGCAUGGAGUGUCCAAUAAAACUCCUUGAAACAUAUCAGCUGCUCAGAGUUAACUAGAAUCAAAUAGGCACUGAGAUACAAAUCUAGAACAGUGUUCAUAUCAAGUCUUCCUUCCUUCAUACCAUAAUAAUUUACAAACGUCUAACUGGUGUAAACUACGGUUGUGUGUGUGUUUUAUAUAUUGACGAUGUUGUGUGGAGAUAUUCAACAACAAAUUCAGAUAUUUGCACUUUAAGCAAAGCUGUGUGUGUGUGUGUGUGUGUGUGUGUUGAAGAACUGCUGAGUCUCCUACGUUGCUUUAAUUUAUCCGAGUCUAUGACAAAAUGUAUAAAACAGUGUCCAGUAUAAUAAUAAUAAUAAUAGUGAUGUUCCAUAAAUAUUAAGUAUAUUGCAUAUUUUAAACUGUUUUAACCGUUGUGGCAUUUAAAAGGCCACAUUUUUCUUAAACAUUGGCAAUAAUUGAUUUUUUUUUUUUUUAAUAUUACAAGACUUACUGUAUUUUUCCAGUUUCAGAUGUUUAGACCCAGCAUUUAUUUUCCAUUAAUUUUGCUGAUGGUUUUUAAUCAACAUCUGUAACCCAAGCAUUUCAAGUUGAACGUUAAUAUGUGUUGACUGAGGACUUGGAUUGCUUGGACAUUCAAGACUCCAUGUAAGUGCCUGAGCGAAUGAUUGGUCUGAAUGCCAAACAUCAAUAGGAGAAUCAGUAAAAUAUUUCACUGUGAUAUUUAUUUUUUGUCGACAGCAGCACUAUUUCUCUUCAGUCCUCACUGCAAACUGUUUUCAUUGAAUCAGUGCAGCACUAAGAGGUCAGAUUUGUACUUUUGACUACUUCAGUUCAUUUAGUGAAGCACUGUGUUUCAUUCCUGUGUCAGAGCAGAGACAAAGACCAGCAUGAUGUCACUGGAUGAAGGUGGAGAUUUAGCAGAUACCCUCAUCCACUUUUUCUGUGAUUCUUUAGAUUGGACAGGCCGUGUUUCGAUAAUAAUGAGCAUUCUAAUCAUGUCGUGCAAUCUGUACCUGAAAUGUACAGUACUAUACAUUCUCGAAUCCAUUUAACAUCUGUUCAAUCUGUAUCUAUUAUGAAAUGGGGGGGAAAGAAACCCCGACUGGUUCAUAUAAACCAACACGCCUCGUAAAGCCUUCCCAUUCUUACCAGUAAACUGGCUAAUCAGGAAAACAGACAUGAAUGUAAUUUCAUCCACAUACACAAAGAUCACCAGCAGGGGGCGAUAUGUGGAUUUGAACAGGGAAGAGGAAGGGGUAAUAGCUAAAAGACGAAUGAAAGACAGCAUAAUUGGAGCCAUAUGCAGAUGUAUAUAGUUAAAACAUUCUAUUCGGAGCCUAAAAAAAUGUCUUUUUGUAAAUUCAUAGCCAGGGUAAAAAUGGAGUACAUUCAGAAACGAGUCUUUUUUGUUGUUUUCUUCUUUGUUGCUCUCUAAACAGAUAUAGAUUGAACUGAUGAUGCAUUAAAUUUCUUCCCUGAGUUUGUGUGUGUGAGAUGUAAACCCGUGUUCAUAUAUAUAUAUAUAUUGUACCUGUAUUAUGAGUAUUGUUUGUAAGAUAAAUUCUGACAAAAAGCACUUACAAAUAUAUAUUUUCUGAUUUCA